ACCGAGGUUGACUGUAGUCCUAACUUUCAUGAUGCCGAUAAAGGUUAUUUUUAACAUUUGUCCUUGUUAUACAAGUGUAAAAAGAACUGAAAACACAACUGUAAACACAACAAAAUAAUCCAUUGUAAUGGUAGACAAAAGUAUUGGGACAUAUACGGCAUGGGUGUAGGAGCAUCUUCUUUCCUAAUAAGUGUUACCAAGCAUUACAUGUUCCUACAGAACAAGUAUAGCGCUGCACAUCCAUGUUGUCAUGCUAUGCUCUAAGACUACGCCAACAGCCUCCAACUUGAUUUGUGCGGUCGAGAUAAAAAAAUGAACAUUAAUGCACAAAACUGCAGCUAAAAAAACAAAGAAGUGUUAUUGUUACCCUGGUGAGUGUGUGACUCAGACAAGACGUCAGUAGGAAUUUGGGAGAUUAGUCAGGAGAUACUUUGGCAGUUUGGGAAGAUUUGGCUCCCUUAUGUAAAAGCACCAGUAUUGCAUAAUCAGUCUGGGGAUGCCUAUGUGGCUGCCAUAUGUAUUUCUUAAACACACGUAACAUAUAUGUAGAGUUCCUUAAAAGAAAUCAAGCGGUCAUUUUAACAUGGACGAGAGAAGACAGUGAGCCUAAAUCAAAAGAAUAGAUCUUUUCUGGCUUUUAUUAACGUAAGAAUUUGGUGUCCAACUAGGUUAUCUAACCAGUCCGUGAUGUGACUACGACUCAGACACAUAUCUGACGCUAACCCCCUCUGAACCGGUUCAUACGAGAUUUAGGGGGGAUCACUGGUGAGGGAUCAAACCUUUUAAUCCUUCAGGGGGAAAAAAAACCAUGCUGAUUGACGGCAAGGUGGCCUUGAUAUUAAAGUCUAUAUGCAAAGGGAUGACGUCAGCUUGUCUAAAUAGCUCAGGUGAGUCAGGCGUGGAUGUGCCCUCCUCGUUGCUGAUGUGCCCGGGCACCGCAUUACAUCAUUGUGUGUUACAUAAUACUCUUGCAGAGCAACACACACACACACAGCCAGGCACACAUGCCCCGAGUGAAACUGGGUCUAAUGUGAAUGUCUCUUUUGCAAAUCUUUCUGCUCCACCGACUCGUGGGGCUCCUCCCAUGAUGCAUUGUUGUGUACGCCCGCUGACCUUUUAUUGUACAUUCAGACAAGAAACAACAAGGGAGUAAUGCUACAAUGCCAUUCACUGUUUUGCAGACACGGCAUUCUGACGGCCAUGCAGCAACCCUUUACUCACACCAGCCGCAUUUGGUACACCUGCAUCAUCUAAUGAGGCUGCCUGAGCAGUAGGAACGUUCCAUUCAUCAAAGUGAGAAGGAGCCGAGAGACAGGAAAGGGAAAGGUUGGAGUUGAAUUUUUCAUGAUUGCUCUGCCGGCUUGAAUGGCGCUAAAAAAAAAAACGCUUCAAAGUCAUUUGGAUGCAAAUCUAUGUUGUCACUCUGGUUGUUUUUUUUAAUGACAGGCAGAGAGGCCCAUGGCUGAGCAGACCAACGCGAUCCAUCAUAAUCCUGCAGCGGGAUGAAGCAAUGGACCUCUUGACCUUGCACAUUCACUUCAAAGGCUCCUCACUCCAUAGGUGGUGGGAGUUUGAGGAUGGGAAGCACAGCAUAUGGCACCUUAAAAGACAGCACCGCCUUCAUUGUGGUCUACGGAAUGGGAAAGGAUUCCCCUCAGUGUGGAAUUACCUCUCUUGAAUUCCUCCAGCAUCACAUCCAGCUUGGUGUCAUUGAAGACGCAGUGCAUGGGGUGUUUGUAGAACUCAGUGAUGGUCUUCAGAGGGGUGCAGUCGUCCGGGUCAACAAAGGCGAGGUCCUUCACAAACAGGAUGUCCACGAUGUUGGACCGCUCGUUCUCGUAGACCGGGAUCCUUGUGAAGCCACUCUGCAUCACAUCAGACAUGGUGCCAAAGUCCAACACAGCAUCUGAUGAGAGCAUGUAGCAGUCGGAUAAAGGGGUGAGAACGUCCUCCACCGUCUUGGUCCUCAGCUCCAGAGCUCCUUGGAUGAUGUUGAGCUCUUCCUUGACCAAGUCGUGGUACGGAUCUGUGACUCUCAGCAUGGCCACCAGCUUCUCCCGUGUAUAGAAGCUGCUGAUCUCCUGGUGGAGCAGGAUGUCCAGGAUCUUGGAGACAGGGUAGGCGAUGGGGAGGAAGAGGAGCAUGAGGAGCCUGGUGGCGCACAGGGUCUUGGAAGCGAUGGCGAGGCUGUGCCGGGACGCCACAGAAUGAGGCAAAAUCUCCCCUAUGAAGAAAAUCCCUAAAGUGCAGGAGGCCGUGGAGAGGACGGUCAUGCCUAAUAUCUGGCACAUCCAAACCACAAAACAUGUGUUGGACCCGCAGCUCCACGGGGUCCAGGGCCAGCAUGCUGAUGUUGAGUCCGCUGCAGAGCGCGGAGAGCCCCAGGAGAAGCACGGAGACUCCCGCCUGCAGCCACGCGUCCGCCUCCGCAGGUCUCUCUACCACAGCCAGCCAGAAGUCUCUGGUGCUGAAGUGUUCCCAUUUGACGCCGUCAAAAGCGCACAUGGAGUAGUACUUCACCGCUUCUCCUCGGCGUAGAUGCUUGGCAAGAAGCUCGACCAGCACCGAGUUGCGACUGGAGGUGGAUUUGAAAGAGCCCAGUAGUUCGAUGUCAGAGCUCCGGGCGUUCUCCUCCUCGCAAGGGUUCGCUCUGGACCGGCCCUCGCUGUCCCCUUCUUGCUCCUCUAUGAAGGCGAUCCACGGAGCUGCUGGAGCUGAGUCAGCUGCACCGCUCCAGUUCAUGUUGGGACGCUCCGAGAAGUACACCCUCAAAAUGAAGCGAGUCCCCUCCGUGGCUCUCAGGACGCCAUCCUGCACGGACAAAUCCCCGCUUUGGGUGUCUUCUGGCCGGACGCCGAGCAGCGCUGAAGUCGGUGCUGGCAGCCAGGAGAGGAGGAGGAGGUGGAGGAGGUGAGGGAUGGCGGUCAGAUGCAGAGGAUGCAGGAUGCGGCAGCGAGCAUCCGCAGCAUCCGCAGCCAUCAUGUUGAAUGAAGUAGUGGAGGGGAGUCGGGUCACGUGAUGUGCGGAUGGAGCAGCUGCAUGGGUGGUCGUGCAGCCAUGGGGUACCAGAGAGCUGUUGCAGCCAGUGGGAGUCGUCCGGGCUUCCUGGGAAGGACGCUGAUUCUCCUGGACGUCAACACCCGCAGCCCGGUCAGAAUCCUCAACGACAACUUCCUGUCUUUGCAGUUGGACCCGUCUAUCAUCAGAGAUGGCUGGCUGGACUUUCUCAGUUCAAAGCGUCUCGUGACCCUGGCGCGAGGCCUGUCUCCAGCCUACCUGCGCUUUGGCGGGAAGCGGACUGACUUCCUGCACUUCAACAACCAGAAGAACCUGGCUAAAUUCAGGGGGCCGGGACCCGACUACUACCUGAAGAACUACGAAGACGAUAUAGUACGCAGUGACAUUGCACUGGACAAGCAGAAUGGUUGCAAAGUGGCUAACCACCCUGAUAUCAUGCUGGAGCUCCAGAGGGAGAAGGCUGCCAGCACACAGCUCGUCCUGCUGAAAGAGCAAUUGUCCAACAUCUACAGCAACAUCACAAUACCAGCCAGGUCUUUAGACAAAUUGUACAACUUUGCCGACUGUGCCGGUCUGCACCUGAUUCUGGGCCUCAACGCGCUGCAAAGAAACCCAGACAACUCCUGGAACACUUCCUCUACUCUGAGCCUCCUCAAGUACAGUGCUGGCAAGAAAUACAACGUCUCCUGGGAGCUGGGCAGCGAGCCUAACGCGUACCGCAGCAUGGUGGGCCGUGCAGUCAAUAGCACCCAACUGGCUCAAGACUAUGUCAAGCUACGGACCCUGCUCCAGUCGGUACGCUACUACAACCGAGCUCACCUUUAUGGGCCAAAUGCUGGAAGACCACGGAAGAACGCUAUCCUGCUUUUGGAUGGAUUCAUGAAGAAUGCUGGCUCUGUUGUUGAUGCUGUUACGUGGCAACAUUAUUUCCAGGAUGGCAGGGUGAAAAAGGUGGAGGAUUUCUUAAAGACACGUUUGUUGGAUACCCUGAGAGAGCAAAUCACUAAAGUAGCCAAGGUUGUGAACACACAUACGCCUGGUAAGAAGCUGUGGCUGGGUGGACUCGGUCCAGCAUGGGCAGGAGGAAUCAGUAAUCUAUCGGAUACUUAUGCUGGUGUUUUCCUGUGGGCUAACACACUAGGAAUGGCUGCUGUUCAGGGAAUUGAUGUAGUUUUACGUCACUCAUUCUUUGAUUACGGAUACACGCAUCUUGUGGACCAGCAUUUGAACCCUUUACCAGAUUACUGGUUUUCUCUGGUCUUCAAGCGUCUGGUUGGGCCAAAGGUUUUAGCAGUGCGUGUUGCCGGACUGCAAAGGAAGCCCCAACCGGGACGAGUCAUACGAGACAAACUGCGCAUUUACGCCCACUGCACCAGCUACUCCAAUCACAACUACGUGAGAGGCUCCAUAACGAUUUACAUCAUCAACCUGCAUCGAUCGCGGAAGAAAAUAAAGUUGGCGGGGACGUUGAGGAACAAGACAGUACAUCAAUACCUGUUGCAGCCCUUCGGUAGCGAUGGACUCAAAGCCAAACACGUGCAGCUGAACGGUGAAAAGCUGUUCAUGCUGGACAAUGAGACAUUCCCAGAAUUCAAGCCCAAAACCUUGCGGGCGGGACGGACUAUAGCCAUGCCUCCCAUGACCAUUGGAUUCUAUGUUGUGAAAAACAUAAACGCCUACGCCUGCCGAAGAUAACAGGGACUCACCCUUAAAAAAAAAAAAAAAAGACCCAACGCUAUGAACUUCAUCCUGCAUGAGACCUCAUUUGUUUGCCGCUUCUCUGCAAGCCUGAGGAAGGACACAGUGGACAGUUCCAGUAAGACAGCUUCCUUCUUACACUGAUAUUCACUGAUCCCCGUUAAAACCGAGACCCCAUUUCUCUUUCUUCCAUCACAAGGUUUACACAAAUUCUGUAGGGGAAUUGACUCGAUUAAGCUCAACUUUCUUUAGACUGGCUCAUCAAGUCUUCCAAGCGAAUGUUGAAAGCGGUGAGAAAACAGAGAGGAAAUUCAGAACAGGCAACCUUGUGGACAUAUUCUCUCCUCAGAGAGAAAAUAGCAUGGAGUUUGUAUGCGGUUUACUGAUGAAGCUACUGAUGUGUAUGUCAGGUCUGUUAUGCACGGCGUUCAAUGGCUGUGUUUCUUCUGCCAAAACAUAUCAAGUGUCUUACAGAGAAACUCUUGUUUAGUUUUUAUAGUGUGCGUCACUGUUGCUUAGCGGCACACAGGACUGUCCAUUAGCACAGACAAGUCAAGCUGAAGAUUGAACAUGCCCUGUUUUUUUACCUUAUCAUCAUCACAGCAUUACCAUGUAUAGUCCUCUUGUGCUGCUAUAGUUUUGUAUUUGAUAUAUUGUGAUAUAUUGUGAUAUAUUGUGAUAUAUUGUGAUAUAUUGUGCGCAAAUUUACAGUCAUUACAAUCCCAAAUCAGUGAAAGUCGGGAAAGUGUGACAAUACAAAUUCCAUAGCCAUAAUUUUACUAUUCUGUUAACUCUUGGUAUGUUUUCCUUUUAAUCAGACCAAACAUAAAACGUCUUGUGUGCAAUAAAAACAAGUCAAAGUGAAUAAUAUACGUACUUUCCCAACAUUUUCUGAUUCUGGUUUUGCUUGAUCUAAUGUACAUAAGAGAAAAUACAUAUGUUCAGCUAUAUUUUACUUGCCUGUAGUACACAUUUAUUUAUGAUUGUUUUGAUGUAUAUGUUGUUUUGUUUUUCUCAGAUUGACGUAAGGAUGCAUGAUUACCAUAUUGACCCAAAUAUAAGAAUCUUUUUCAAAAACAUUUUUUUUAAUAUCAAAAUUUAAAUGGGGCGGCACGGCGGUCUGGUGGUUAGUGCGCAGACCUCACAGCUAGGAGACCAGGGUUCGGUCCCCGCCCUCGGCCAUCUCUGUGUGGAGUUUGCAUGUUCUCCCCGUGCAUGCGUGGGUUUUCUCCGGGUACUCCGGUUUCCUCCCACAUUCCAAAAAAAAAACAUGCUAGGUUAAUUGGCGACUCCAAAUUGUCCAUAGGUAUGAAUGUGAGUGUGAAUGGUUGUUUGUCUAUAUGUGCCCUGUGAUUGGCUGGCCACCAGUUCAGGGUGUACCCCGCCUCUCGCCCAAAGACAGCUGGGAUAGGCUCCAGCACCCCCGCAACCCUCAUGAGGAAAAAGCGGUAGAAAAUGAAUGAAUGAAUGAAUGAAGCUCCAGCGUUCCCCUGCAACCCUAAUAAGUAUAAGCGGCAUAGAAACUGAAUGAAUGAAUAUACAACUUACUGGUAAAGGGUUCAAAUGCUGGUCUAAAUAAGAACAAAAAAAUACAAAAUGACUAUUCUAUUUUUUGCAGCAUGACUGCAAUAAAAAAAUAUUAUAUAUUCAUGUAGCUGCUUGGUAGUUGUUUCAUUUGUUGUUUGCUAUCUCAUCCAACCUGUGUGGCUUUUUGUGUUGUGGCUGCAUGACCAGGACACUGGUCUUUGUGAGUGACGGGAAAAAAAGCUCUGAUUCUCUUGGGUAGAAGUUGGUAAAUCUGUACACCCUGAAUAUCAGAUGUCCUGUCUUUUGCAGGGAAAACAAACCUUUCUUAUACUUUGGGUCAAUAUCAGGGAAAAAGGCUAAAAGAAACAAACAACUGAUACUUUAAUGAGUAUGGAAAGAUCAAUGGGAAAAUUUGGAAACAUCAAAACAAAUAAUUUAAAAUAUGACAUCAUCGGAAGUGUAUCCAUAUCACAUUGCUGAUGAUACUCAUAGAACUGUGUGUGUGUUUAAUAUGUCUAUAUGUAUU